AAUGCCUAUUCGAUCAGCGCGUAUCAUAACACGGAAGCCGAAGUGUGUUUUCUUUCAAAUCGUGGUCUCUCUGAGUUAUGAGCUUUUAGGCACAAUAGUAAAAUCCAGAAAUAAAGAGUGGGAAUUUGAGCACGUGCGUUGUGAACUUACAGUGAAAUACCACAAUGACAGAAUUAAAAGCAUAUAAAGUGUGUAACCUCACCCGGCAGACGUUUUACGGGGUGGCGGUGAAUUCUCUGGGUCAGCUUAAAAUAAGAGGUGGUGACGCUCUGGGCUUCAGUCCCGAUGCAUCAGUUUCAGUGGUGCUAGAAGAUGACGGGACCAUCGUAGAAGAUGAAGAUUACUUUUUGUGUCUGCCGGCUGAUACCAAAUUAAUGCUGUUGAAUUACAGGGAAACAUGGACACCUGCCCUUCAAGUUGAUGGAAGGACAGGGCAGCCUAACAGAGAGUCUGUUGAUCUGGAGGUAGAUGGGCAAGACAACGUUGAUGGGGCUGAAUCCUGGCACAGUGCUGCAAAUUGUUUAAAGCAGAACCUGGGCAACAUUAUCCUCAUGUCUGAGGCAGAUUUACAGAGUUUGAUUGACGUGCCUUGCUCAGAUCUGGCAACAGCACUGGGCUUUUCACAGCAGAAAUCCCGCAUCCUACAGGAAACCCUGCAGACGAUUGUGGAUCGUAGGGAGGAGGAGAGACAGUCCAAAGAAUUACUGCAGCUUUAUCUUAAAGCUAUAGAACAAGAAAGCAACCAAAACCCACCAGAGACCAGUGCUAAACUAGAUGAAACAGAUGGGGUGCAGGUGGAGACCACAGCAGCAUUCAGCUCCAGAAUACUUUCGGUUUUGAAGCACAAAACGCACCCUGAGACCAGACUCUCCAAUGAAGAGCUACAGAUGGUGGUGAGGCAAGGAGUGGAUGUCAUGGUGGAGGCGCUGGGCUGGGACAGGGAAAGGACAGCAGUGCUGGUGCAGGAUUGUGGGGCUGAGCUCAGUAAACGUCUACAGCGGGUUCAGGCCCUGCAUUCCCUCAGUGCUCAAAACCAGUCCUUAAAUACCACCUUACAACCGCAGACUAAAAGAGAAACUCGAGCCAAACGGCGCAAACAACAGCCUUAAAACAUGUAAGACAUUUCUUUAUUCUGGUCUGUAUAUUCAUGUAUUUUAUAUCUAAGGCACAGGAAAAAUAAAGAUGAACUUCGACAUUUCCAUUUUUGUUUGAUUGCUUUGAUAAUAGCCACAUAGACUUGAAAAGAACGAAAUGCUACUUGAAUACCGUGACAUACCAAAGCCAUAGUAUUCCACGCAUGUGUGUUUGAUGUCAGAUAGUUUAAGAGUUACAUGAGUGGUUCUAUUUUCGAAUCGAGACGUUUGUAUGAUUUCAUGUUUCUUAUUUAUCGAAAGUGGCCCAUGACCCAUCCUUGAGGUUUUGAUGAUAACAGUCCUAAGCUACAGUAUAUAAUUUACGCUUCGAUUGUUGAAAGAAUAAAAAAGGAAGCAAAACAUUUUAGAUAUAAAUAUUAAAGGGGUCAUAUGACACGGCUGAAACAAUAUUACUGUAUGUUUUAGAUGUAAUACAAUGUGUACGUAUACACGAUUUAAGGUUCAAAAUCGCUGUAUUUCCACAUACCGAGCAUGUUUGUAUCUCCUCUUUGUCCCGCCUCUGAAACGUGCAGAUUUUUUACAAAGCUCAUCGCUCCUAAAAGCGAGGUGUGCAAUGAUUGGCCAGUUAACCAGUGCGUAGUGAUUGGUCGAAUACUGCAAGCGUGUGACGGAAAUGUAACGCCUCUUACCAUAUUUGGAACAUCAGGUUCCAAAGCAAUUGUACUGACAGGUACGCCCACCUUACUUGCGUAUACAUUUUGGCGGUCUUAGUCAAAUCAUACCACAAAAUGUCGUAGAUUUGUGGGGGUGUGGUUACACGAGGAGUUUCAGGCAGGUCUGUGUGAGCAUUUGCUUUUAGAUAGAAUGCAUCUUUUGUUCCGACACUUUCAUUUUUAUGUGUCUAAUACAUGCACGGGCAACUUAUAACACACCAAAGACACAGAAAAACAGGUAUUCGCGUCAUAUGACCCCUUUAAAUGUAAUAUCUUCCAGUAGGGCAUGAAUAGCAAUGUAGUGUGUCAGAGUUAGAAUGCAUCAAUUUAUAAUAUUGUUGGGGAAAGGAAUGUGCUAUUGUUUUAUGAUUUUUCAAGGUUCACUGAAUGUGUCAAAUUUGAAAUGUUAGCAAAUAAAUCCAUUUUUUUUCUCUUGUACAUUUCACAGAACAUAAUAUGAAUGUAUUAUUAAAACAAUUUUGAUAAAGAACAAGCAGUGUUUAAACUGAUGUGAGCUUUAAAACCCCUGACUUGUAAAUGCCUUGAUAUUUUUAAUUAAAAUAUUUUGAUGUGUAGUAAACAAACCUCCAGAAACUUCUGUAGCAAAAACCAUUUCUUUUUAGGUAUUUAUAAACUGAAUCACACCAAAAGUACAUUUACUCCAGCUUGUCAGAGAGAGUGGUAAUAUAUAGCAUUUGCGUAACAGCUGAUAAACUAAUGAAGACACCUGCUAGUCUGUGGACAUCUUUCCAUAUUCACCACUAAUGCCUUGUUAAAACCACGUCUCCUAUUGUAACGAGCAUGUGAAGGCUUUGUGUUGGGUGUGGUUGUGAAGCCCGUCGCCUGUCGUAGUGCUUCUCUGUGACUGUGAUGUAAUACUUUUGAUUUAAAGUUCUGAAUUCUGAAUCAUUGUUUGACUUUAUGCCAGUGAUCAGUGUGUCCUCUGAACAGGAUGUUGUGAAUGUUCAUGUGGAAUUCAUUAGGCUGCUCCAAAUAAAGAGGUCUGGUA